AUGGAUCUAUCGGAUGAUGUCUGGAAUGUCAUUUUCAGUUAUUUGGAUGUGAAAGCACGGGCUAAUAUCGCCUCCGUAAAUAAACGGUUUAAUUCAUUGUUUUCUACAUGGCUUGACGUUACAAUACUUUCCAUCAAGGAAGAUACUUUGUGCAUUGCUGGUGAAAUUUUCAAAUGUGCUACAAAAUGUGAUCUGAAGUCAAUUCUUCAACAUUGCCCAAAUUUGAAUAAUGUCAUCAUUCAAACGAUACAAGAUGAGAAUUAUCUACGACAGUUAUCUAAAAUUGAACAUCUUAACGUUCUUACUGUAGCAAGUUCCGUGUUUAACUCAUUGAGUUUAUCAUGCCUUAAUGCAUUAUUCACGAAGAAAUUACGUAAAUUACACAUAUUGCAACGUUAUGAUGAAUUGAAGACGGUACGAAAUAUAUUACGUCAAAGUCAAUUGACGCAAAUUAUUAUGGCACCAUUGGUAUCCAUACAACUCAGCGGUAUUGUACUGAAACCGGAUAUAUUCAGUAAAUUAUGUGAUGCCCUGAAAGAAACUCUCACUGAAUUGCUUAUAUCCGGUGUUUUGUGUAAUCCGCCUGAUUUUGAUCAUUAUAUCUUAGCAAUUGGAAAAUUAACUCGAUUGAAAAUACUCGAUAUCCCACCAUCACUCUUCUCAUGUUGUCAUCGUACCUUACCACAAAAAAUGAACAUUUUGAAAACAUUAAAUUUGAAAAAGAUCUCCGUUUAUGUGCACUACUAUAGCGCAUCAAAUAUUGUUAAUUUCUUGAAUACUAUGCCAAAAACAUUGGAAGAAAUGGUAUUAUUUCGUACCACUGAAUUGGAUCAAAUAACAUGGUCAAAAGAUUUUGAGGAAUUACCAUAUAAGGUCUAUCUUUGCCGUCUUGAUGAUAUUAUCUUUGAACCAUCAUGGAUGUGCGGUCAGAAUGAACUUCUUAGUCAUACGCUAUGGUUACCGCCAUAUAAUUUUGCUCAUAAUUUCUCAAGAAUAGAUUUUCCGACCGAAUGGUACCAAGAUGUGCUAACUACGAUUACAGAAGUUAAUGAGCAUCAGGAAUUAGCUACCGCUCGAUCAAAUUCCAUUUCAACAAGUCGAAGUGUAUUUGCUAAUUUAUCCUCAAGCGGUGAAGGCUCAACGGCUGUCAGUAGCACUAGCACACAGACAAUCCAUUUUUUUGCGGAAGAUAGUCGAGGAUGA